CGAUGGACGUACUAUCCACGGAUAUCGAGACAGAUUAAUCUUUGUUUAUGGGUGAGAUCCUCCAGUGCCUGUAAAACUAUGCUAAGAGCUAUAGAGACUAUAUCACUGUUUACAUCCAAGUCCCACUCCCAUACUAACGCUCCUGUACCUAUCUUGUCUUCUCUAAUGUGCGCAGAUUGUCCCUACACGGCCGUCGUACGAUAGACAGGUGCUACCUCAAAACCGCUUACAACGCGGGAACCAUGAGUAUUUGCAAUGCCAACAGCAGUUGCAUUGUUGACCAUAUUGAAGGCCUGUAUGAAGAUGACCAAAUUGGUCGACCGAUCACCAUCACCAUCAUUCAUCUCUCGUACGGACAAAAGUUCUACAUGAAAUUCUCUAUCGUCUCUACAUUAUACCUUGUUCAGGGAACUAUCGCCAUGCCCUGGCUCCACACCAAGGCAAAGGCUGCCGGCGAUGAGAUUACAAACGUUUCAGACGGUGGCUGUGUCAGAUCUGAACACUGUCGCUCAUUGCCAUCACUAGUCUUCUCAUCAAAGUCCCACGGGGGCCCUUUCAUCCUAGCGUCCUGCUAAAAAGAAAAUUGUUGCUGCUGCUGGCCCGCGCGAAUACUGGCCGGCUUGCUUUGAGGAGGAGGGAUACUGUGCCGAUGGAUGACAUUCCAAGAAUAUUGUUCGCAGUUUCUGUAGUUGCGAUGUCAGUUGUGUUCACUAAUUUGAGAUUGGAAUUACGACGAUCGCGAUUGCUGGACUGGCUGUGAGGACGAAUGGAAGGAGGUUAAGUGAGGUGUGAUUAUAGGACAGCUUAGCUUGGACAAUUGCGUCCCUAGUUACUACACUACUUGAAUUGUGCUACUAAGGAGUUGGUAAACUUCGGGAUUGACGGCUAAACGCCCUAGCUAACUUCAUAUGAUAAGAAAAAGCUUCAAACUCAAGAUAACUGUGACAUAACCAACUCCUAGCACAUGGGCUACGACUAUCCAACAGCA